AUGGCUAUCUCAACCCCUUCCAACGGCGUAAGCCAUGUCGCAAAGCCUCUACCCAACCUGAAAGAGGUCAAUAAAGGCAUUGAGACAGACAGUGAAGACCGAGCCUUCUGGUGGGGUGCCUUGUCUGAGCCUUUGGCCUCGCUCCUCGAGGCAAAUCACUACACCAAGGAAGUGCAACUUCACUACCUCCGUUGGUUUUACCAAUGGAUUCUACCGGCUCUGGGGCCACGACCUCUCGACGGCAAACCCUAUUACGGGUCUUGGAUUACUCAUGAUUUGUCGCCCUUUGAGUACAGUCUCAAUUGGAAAGAAAAGAGUUCCAAACAGACCAUCCGUUUCACUAUUGAGGCGGUUACGAAGCAGUCUGGCACAGCCAGCGAUCCUAUCAACCAGCUCGGCGCAAAGGAGUUCCUGGAAGCAGUCUCCAAGGAUGUUCCUGGUAUGGAUCUCACGCGAUUCAACCAGUUUCUUGAGGCAACCAACGUACCCAACGACUGCGUAGAUGAUGCCAUUGCAAAGCACCCAGCACACUUCCCUCGCAGCCGCGUUUGGAUCGCUUUUGACUUGGAGCACUCUGGCAACCUUAUGGCCAAGUCAUACUUCCUGCCGCAUUGGCGUGCGAUCCAGAGCGGUAUCUCGGCCAAUACCAUCAUUGGCGAUACGGUCAAGGAGUGCAACAAGGCGGACGGUUCGUCGUACGACGGGUCGCUGAACGCCAUUGAGUCGUACCUGGCAACGUUCACGCGACCGGAGGAGGCGCCGCAGAUGGGACUGCUGUCAAAUGACUGCGUGGCCGAAACGCCCGGCUCGCGCCUCAAGGUCUAUUUCCGCUCCUCGGCGGACACGCUCGCCAAGGCCAAGGACAUGUACAACUUGGGUGGCCGCCUGAAGGGCCCCAAGAUGGAUGCCAGCCUCAAGGGUAUCAGUGAUUUCUGGUACCACCUGUUUGGCCUCGACAGCUCCGACCCGGCCUCUGAUGACAAGGUCUGUAUCGGCAACCACAAGUGCAUUUUCGUCUACGAGAUGCGCUCCUCGCAAGGCUCGGAGCCCGAUAUUGAUGUCAAGUUCCACAUCCCAAUGUGGCAGCUUGGUAAGACGGAUGGGCAGAUUAGCGAGCUGCUGGCUUCUUGGUUCGAGAGCCAUGGUCACCCUGAUCUCGCCUCGAGGUAUAAGUCUGACUUGGGCACGGCAUUUCCCAAGCACAAUAUUACGGGCAAGAGUGUAGGAACCCAUACUUACAUCUCCAUCACUCACACACCCAAGACGGGAUUGUACAUGACCAUGUAUCUCAGCCCGAAACUGCCCGAGUUCUACUACUGA